AUGGGCACAGGGGCAGGGGGAUGCGACCAUGUGAAUGAUGGUGGGCGGCCGGGAGCGCAGCGCCCGUGCACUGUGCAUUGUGCACAGCACACGCCUGCCUCACAUCACAUCACCCCCAUCACCCCCAUCAACCCCAUCGCCCCCAUCGCCCCCAUUUCCCCCAUCACCCCCAUCACCCCCAUCACCCCCAUCGCCCCCAUCUCCCCCCAUCGCCCCCAUCGCCCCCAUCACCCCCACCACCCCCAGCACAUCACAUCGCAUCACCCCCAUCACAUCACGUCACCCCCAUCACCCCCAUCACAUCACAUCACCCCCAUCACCCCCCCAUCACCCCCAUCACCCCCAUCACCCCCAUCACAUCACCUCCCCCCCAUCACCCCCAUCUCAUUCACAUCACCCCCAUCACCCCCAUCACAUCACAUCACCCCCAUCACCCCCAUCUCAUCACAUCACCCCCAUCACAUCACAUCACCCCCAUCACCCCCAUCUCAUCACAUCACCCCCAUCACCCCCAUCACAUCACAUCACCCCCAUCACAUCACAUCACCCACAUCACAUCACAUCACCCCUAUCACCCCCAUCACUUCCAUCACUUCCAUCACCCCCAUCACCCCCAUCAACUCCAUAACAUCACAUGCAGCGGAUGCAGCGCAAGCAUAUGUGCAUGGUGUGACUGACAAGUGGUUGAGAGACUGGAGCUGCCAAAUGGCCCGUGGAAUGGAUCCCGUGAACUGGUUGUACUGA